AUGGCGGAUCAGAUAUCUAAGCCGUUGCAGUUUUUCGUGCGGCUACUUGACGGAAAAUCUAUAACCCUAACUUUUUCCUCUCCGUUAGCGUAUGGCGACCAGAUCAAGCAGCGGAUCUUCGAGCAGACGAAGAUUCCGACGCAUCUACAGCGUUUGAUAUGCGGAGGAUAUCAGAUCUCGGAUGGAUCCACGGUUUCGCAGCCUGACGCCACCGUGAAUCUCGUCCUCUCUCUCCGUGGAGGCAAGGGAGGGUUCGGAUCGCUACUUCGUGGUGCGGCGACGAAGGCUGGGCAGAAGAAGACAAACAACUUCGAUGCGUGUAGGGAUAUGAGUGGGCGGAGGUUGAGACACGUAAACGCGGAGAAGAGGCUGGAGGAGUGGAAGGAAGGGGAAGAGGAGAGGAAGCUGGAGAAAUUGGCGCAUGAGUUUCUAAAGAAGCAGGCGACGAAAGUUAAACAAGGUGUUGGAAAUGGAGCUACGCAGAAGUACGUGAAAAAGUAUAAGGAGGAAUCUGAUAAGUGCAUCGAGGCGGUGGAUUUGGCCUUGAAAGAGUCUUUCCAGAAUGGGAAGAGGAAGGGGAAGAUUGAUGCAGAAUCUGAAAAGUCGAAGCGACUCAAGAUAUGGAAGGGAAAGAGAGCUGUUGAUGAUAGUGACAGUGAUGAUAGCAGCGAUGAGGAAGAUGAGAAAUCUGUUGUUCUAAACAGUAGUAGCCAGGUGGUUUCGGAUAAGGAUACUGAUGAAAGCUCAGGCUCUGUUAUGGCUGGAGCCCAUUAUGGUGAUAGUUCUGGUAAAGCUUACUGCAACAGCAGCUCAGAGGAAGAGAAAGACAGUGUAGUGCACCAAAGUUCAGAUGUACCUAAGUUAGAGAAGAAGGAUGAUGAUUCGCCUGCUGCUGUUGUUGAUGCAAUGGGUCGAACUGUAAAAGAGGAGAAAUCAAGCGAAAAAAUUCAGAUCGAAGCAGCUUGUGAAACGUUAGUUACGUCUGUAGCUGUUAAUAAUCAAGGCAAUGAUCCUGAAGUGAAGACAGGAGGAGCUGUGGGAGAAGAAGAAACAGUGUCUGUUGUUGAUGCAGUGUGCUGCAAACCCGAUGAACCUCUUAACUUUGAUGACUUCAAUUCAGCAACAGAUAUGGAGGUAAUGGGGAUGGAGAGAUUGAAGAGUGAGCUUCAGUCACGUGGACUAAAAUGCGGAGGGACAUUGAAAGAGCGAGCUGCGAGGCUGUUUCUUCUCAAAACCACACCACUCGAUAAGCUCCCAAAGAAAUUGCUGGCCAAGAAAUGA